UGUCUUUACUUGUCAUGGGUUUGGUAGAAUCCCUUAUCCUAAACAUCCCAGGCACCACUGCAGUGCUAUGUGGCCUGCUGUUUCUGCUGGUGGUUUAUUUCUUCUUUUCUUUCUCAGCUGGUAGUAAUGCUAAGGAGCCUCCAGGACCCAAACCACUGCCUCUCUUGGGAAACUUGCUCCAGCUGGACCUCAAAAGGCCCCAUGAGUCUCUUUAUGAGCUUUCCAAGCAGUAUGGAUCAGUUUUCACAACAUACAUUGGUCCAAAGAAAGUGAUCAUUUUAGCAGGAUACAAGGCCGUAAAAGAGGCACUGGUGAAUCAUGGCGAGGAAUUUGGAGACAGAGACAUUAUCCCGUUAUUUUAUGACUACAACAAAGGGCAUGGUAUCCUGUUUGCUAAUGGAAAUGACUGGAAAGUGAUGAGACGUUUCGCUCUCACAACUCUUAAGAACUUUGGGAUGGGCAAAAGUGGGAGCCAAAAGAAAAUCUUAGAGGAGAUCCAGUACUUGAAAGAGGUUUUUGAGACACACAGAGGAGAGGCAUUUGAUACCAGCAGGCCUGUGAACUGUGCUGUGUCAAAUGUGAUUUGCUCUAUUGUUUAUGGCAACAGAUUUGACUAUGAAAACCCACAGUUCAAGGCCAUGGUGGACAGGGCAAAUGAAUGUGUCCAAAUGGGUGGAUCUCCUGCAAUACAGCUUUAUAAUGUAUUCCCCUGGCUUGGUCCUUGGCUUAAGACAUGGAGGAAGCUCAUGGAUUACAUUGAAUGCAACUUUAAGGAGAUGGCAGAGCUUAUAAAGGGUCUUAAGGAAACACUGAACCCAGAAGAAUCCAGAUGUUUUGUGGAUUGCUUUUUAACAACCAAGCAGAAAGCAGAGGAAUCAGGACAAAAACAUUCUUUGUUCCAUGAGCAGAAUUUGUACUCUACAGUAUCCAACCUGUUUGUAGCUGGUACUGACACAACAAGCACAACACUGCGCUGGUCUAUGCUGAUAAUGGCCAAGUACCCACAUAUACAGGACUGGGUACAGGAGGAGAUCGACAGGGUGGUUGGUGAUCGUCAGCCAGUAGUAGAGGACAGGAAGAACUUGCCUUAUACUAAUGCAGUGAUCCAUGAAAUCCAAAGAGUGGCCAACAUAGUGCCCAUGAGUCUCCCUCACACCACCACAUGUGACAUUCAGUUCCAGGGCUUCAUCAUCAAGAAGGGAACCUCUGUGUUUCCUCUGCUGACGUCUGUGUUGAGGGAUGAGAAUGAGUGGGAGAGCCCUAACACCUUCAACCCAGCACACUUUCUUGAUGAGCAGGGGCAAUUUGUCAAGAAAGAGGCCUUCAUGCCAUUUUCUGCAGGGCGCCGGGUGUGUCUGGGAGAGAGUCUGGCCAGGAUGGAGCUGUUCCUCUUUUUCACCUCCCUCCUGCAACACUUCCGCUUCACUCCUCCACCAGGCAUGUCUGAGGAGGAACUGGACCUUACACCAGUUUUUGGAGUCACUCUCUCGCCUACCCCACACAAACUGUGUGCAGUCAGACGCCAGUAGUUGCUCUUGAUGAAUUUUCUUGACAACAUUUCAG